CAACAUGGACACAACGAAUAAGGUAGCAAUAGUGACCGGUGGUGGUCAAGGCUUGGGAAAGGCCAUUUGUCAGAAACUCUUGGAGCACAAUUUUAAAGUUUGCAUAGCAGAUGUUAACAACAAACAAGGACAGAAAACAGCUGAAGAACUAAACUCUAAGUUUGGCACAAACAGCGCCAUCUAUAUUCCUUGCGAUGUGCAAAACGAAACAGAUAUCGAAGGUGUUUUCCGGCAGACUUUAUUGGUAUUUGGACAAGUAGACAUCUUAGUAAAUAACGCAGGAAUCGCUGGAGAGAACAACUGGAGCAAACUCGUGCGUGUCAACCUGAUGGGUGUUAUUUGGGGAACAAAGAUAGUUUUGAUGUGUAACAAUACUUCUACGUGUAUUUUCUUCUGUUUUACAGAUGGGUGUUAUUUGGGGAACAAAGAUAGUUUUGAUAUGGGUGUUAUUUGGGGAACAAAGAUUCCCCAAAUAACACCCAUCUGUAAAACAGAAGAAAAUACACGCUUAUCUCCAGUGCCACUAGGACCUGUAUAUUGUGCCUGUAAACACGGGGUGGUUGGUUACACCCGAAGUGUAGGUACUGACAUUUAUUAUGAGAAAUCGGGAGUUACUAUUAGCGCCAUCUGUCCAUCGUUUAUCGAUACAGAAAUGACUCGUCAGUUGGUGGAGUUCUCGGCAUCACCCAUUGAAGCCACGAAAUUCAGGGAAUCUUUAGAGCUUAUGGAGCCUUCCUAUGUAGCUGAAGGGGUUAUACAUCUACUAAAGAAAGACCAGUCAAAUGGUGCGGUAUUGAAGGUUACAAAAAAAGAUGGAUUUCAGUAUGUUCUACAAAGCAGAAUCUCCUCCUGAGAUCCAGGAAAAAUAAAUGCUACAAAUAAAUGAUGUUGCUAAAUAAUAGGAUGUUAGUUUAUUCCAAUAUAUAUGUGUUAAUAUUUCAGUUAUAGUUUCUUGAAGGUAGUCUAAAAGGGAUAAUAGAAUAUUAUUGUCUCAACAUUGUAAACUUUCUCGUGCUGUUUUCGUGUUGUACAUUUUGUUAGUUUCAGGUUAAUACACUAUUACCUUGAAUAAAAUUUUUAUUUAA